CAGAGGUCAUCAACUGUCUACUCGAAAACAGAGAGAGAGAGAGAGAGAGGCAUCGAUUGUCGAUCGGAUCAAUGGACGAUAUUGACGAAGAAAUGGCCCCGGCCAAAGAGGAGGAAGAAGAGGAGUUCCAACCUUCCUAUCCACAGAACGAAGAAGAUGAAGGUGUCCUAACAAAGAUAGGGCUGAAGAAGAAGCUUCUCCGAGUUGGAGAAGGUUGGGAAUCUCCUGAAAAAGGAGAUGAAAUCACUGUGCACUAUACCGUUACUGUCUUGGGUGGGACGCAAUUCGCCUCCAGCAAGGAUGAGGGAAAGCCGUUGGUUGCAUUCGUAGGAUGGGAUAAUGUACUUAAAGGAUGUGAGGAUGGCCUUAUUACAAUGAGGAAGGGAGAGAUUGCUCUGUUCACGGUGCCUCCUGAAAUUAAUCAUGGAAUUCAAAAUAUUUUCCCGAGCAUUCCCACCGGUGUGACUUUACUGUUUGAAGUUGAAAUGAUAUCAUGGUUUAGAGUUGUCGACGUUUGUGGAGAUGGAGGUGUCAUGAAGAAGAUUACACUCAAAAGUGAGAUAUUAGACCGACCACAGAAAAAAGAUGAAGUGACAGUGAAAUAUGAGGUGAAACUUGAGGAUGGUAGCCUUGUAGCAAGAACACCCGAUGAUGGCAUUGAGUUCCUUGUAAAUGACGGUCACCUGUGUCCUGCCAUUGCAAAGGCAGUAGUAACCAUGAGGAGAGGAGAAAAGGCUAUUUUACGAGUAGCACCUGAAUAUGCACUUGGCAGUCUGGGGAGACCUGCACAAGAUGGUCUUUCGGCAGUUCCACCCAAUUCUGUCGUUGUUAUCUACUUGGAAUUGGUUGCUUUCAAACUUCUUGAAUAUGUGACAGAGGAUAUGAAGGUUAUCAAGAAAAUCACUGAUCCUGUAGACACCUCCUUCUUGAAGCCAAACAGUGGAACCAAUGCCCACAUUAGGUACAUUGGUAAGCUUGCAGAUGGCACAAUCUUCGACAAAAAGGGAUACGAUGGGGAGGAACCUUUAGAAUUCAUAGUGGAUGAAGAGCAAGUCGUCCCUGGCCUUGAUCUGGCAGCUGCCACCAUGAGAAAAGGAGAGCGUGCUCUUGUCAUUGUUGGUCAUGAGUAUGGCUUUGGAAACACUGAGACUACAACUAACUUGGCUGUGGUUCCUCCACUUUCGACUUUGUACUAUGAAGUAGAGAUGGUAGACUUCACUAAGGUUAAGGAGUCAUGGGACAUGGAGCCUGAAGAAAAGAUUGAAUACGCCUGCAAAAGGAAAGAGGAAGGUAAUGCUUAUUUCAAAGCUGGAAAGUAUGCUCGAGCUUCCCUGAGAUAUGACAUGGCUGUAAAAUAUGUGGAAUUUGAGAGCACUUUCAACGAAGAGCAGAAAAAGCUUGGGAAGUUUUUCAAGGUCACCUGCACUCUUAAUGAUGCGGCAUGCAAACUAAAGUUGAAGGAGUUUAGAGAAGCUGCUAAGCUGUGCUCAAAGGUAUUGCAGUUGGAGCCUCACAACAUCAAAGCACUUUUCCGGAGAGCUGAGGCCUACCUAGAGACCACUGAUCUUGACCUAGCAGAAUUGGAUUUGAAGAAGGCACUUGAGAUCGAACCUGAUAACGGGGAAGUGAAUCAACAGCUUGCCAAAGUGAAGAAGUUACAGUCCUACUAUGAUAAGAAGGAAACCAAGCUUUACGCAAACAUGUUAGCGAAACUAAGAAUAUCAGCUGAAAGCUGAUGCAGGCAGCGUUUUCGCCAUCCCAGAAAGCCCUUCUGUCCACCUCUCCUCAAUAAACUCUUUCUGGGAUCAGUUUCUCAAUGUACCAGCAAUGCAAUCCUUACAUAGAAUGUACCAAACCAUUGAUCAUGUCUGUGUUUAUUUACUGGCAUGUUUGUAUGGUAUCUAUCAUUAUUGGGACGGUUGGUUUUA